AGGAGGCCAUCGAUGGUGUUGUAGAUGGCUCCUUCUUUUCCUUGGAACCACCGCUACGAAUGCUGCUUCGUUGGUUGUUGUUGUGCUGCUGCUGCUGCUGCUGCUGCUGCUGCUGCUGCUGCUGCUGGUAAUACAAGAACUGAUUUUGUUUUGGCUUAUCAUGUGUAAAUCAGUUUAUCUACUGGUAAUGAAAAGAACAGAAGUGCGCGUGGUUCGCUCUUAACGCGUAUGUUUAGGGUGAAUUCAAUCAUUGAAUUAGACGCAAUGGUAAACGAAAGAGUUCAGAUGCAUCUGAGGUUCUAAAAGGAAACGAAACACACAUUCUACAAAGGGGCACUUGUAAAGAUGCGGCAGAAGGAAAGUUUAUUUGUCAAUCGGAUCGGUAGUAAUAUAACUCUUGUUGUCUUGGUGGUUUUGUGUUGGAGUCCAGUGGCGCAGCUGAAGGGACCGAGCACAACGCAUGCCCAGGACACUGUCUCGGUUUCACUACCGGGAGACAUAAUACUUGGUGGUCUUUUUCCCGUCCACGAGAAGGGCGAUGGUGCUCCAUGUGGACCAAAAGUGUACAACAGAGGAGUUCAGCGCCUGGAGGCCAUGCUGUAUGCAAUAGAUCGCGUAAACAAUGAUACCAACCUACUUCCGGGUAUUACCCUAGGUGUUCACAUACUGGAUACCUGCUCCAGAGACACCUAUGCUCUGAACCAGUCGCUGCAAUUCGUGCGGGCCUCCCUUAACAACUUGGAUACCUCUGUUUUUGAAUGUUCUGACACAUCAAGCCCGCAGCUAAGAAAAAAUGCAUCAUCGGGUCCUGUUUUUGGAGUAAUUGGCGGUUCCUACAGCUCAGUGUCAUUACAAGUAGCCAAUCUGCUGCGUCUUUUUCAUAUACCGCAAAUCUCACCUGCAUCAACCGCUAAAACGCUUUCAGAUAAAUCACGCUUUGAUCUGUUUGCUCGAACAGUGCCACCAGAUACCUUUCAAUCCGUCGCCCUGGUAGAUAUAAUCAAGAACUUUAACUGGUCCUAUGUAUCCACUAUUCAUUCAGAAGGCUCUUACGGGGAAUACGGGAUUGAAGCAUUUCAUAAGGAAGCAACCGAGCGACACGUGUGUAUAGCUGCUGCCGAAAAGGUGCCCAGUGCUGCAGAUGACAAAGUUUUCGACUCCAUUAUUAGUAAGCUGCAGAAGAAGCCGAACGCUCGGGGUGUUGUGCUUUUUACGCGGGCUGAAGAUGCGCGCGGUAUUCUGCAAGCAGCAAAGCGGGCCAAAUUGACACAACAGUUUCAUUGGAUUGCUAGUGACGGCUGGGGAAAGCAGCAGAAACUACUGGAGGGCUUGGAGGAAAUAGCAGAAGGGGCUAUUACCGUAGAGCUGCAGUCGGAGAUCAUCGAGGACUUCGAUCGUUAUAUGAUGCAGCUCACGCCACGGACGAAUCAGCGCAAUCCCUGGUUUGCUGAGUACUGGGAAGAUACAUUUAAUUGUGCAUUGACACAAGUUUCGACCGGACUUGAUGCACCCGAUAUCAAUGCAAGUGCUAUACAGAACGAAGGCAAGAUUAAACAAACUUGCGAUAAAAGCCUACGGCUGUCAGAGAAAGUCGGAUACGAGCAGGAGUCAAAGACCCAAUUCGUAGUGGAUGCAGUGUAUGCAUUUGCCUACGCACUUCAUAAUCUACACAACGACCGGUGCAAUACACAAAGCGAUCAAACUACAGAGCAGCAAAAGCACCAACACAGUGAAUCUGUGUGGUACAGGAAGCCGAUUGACAGCAAGUCCCAGGCAUGCCCCGAAAUGGCCAGCUAUGAUGGAAAGGAUUUUUAUAACAAUUACCUGCUGAACGUGUCAUUUAUAGAUCUGGCUGGUAGCGAAGUAAAGUUUGAUCGCCAAGGUGAUGGACUGGCCAGAUACGAUAUUUUAAAUUAUCAACGCCUUGAAAACUCUUCAGGAUAUCACUAUAAGGUUAUCGGCAAAUGGUUCAAUAGUCUCCAACUGAAUUCGCAAACUGUUGUAUGGAAUAAGGCGGCUGAUCAACCAACAUCAGCUUGUUCCCUGCCAUGCGAGGUGGGAAUGAUUAAAAAACAACAGGGAGAUACUUGUUGCUGGAUAUGCGACAGCUGUGAGUCAUACGAGUAUGUGUUUGAUGAUUUUACAUGCAAAGACUGCGGCCCAGGCCUGUGGCCGUACCCCGACAAACUUUCCUGCUUUCCUUUGGACAUUGAGUAUAUGCGAUGGAACUCCCUAUUCGCCCUCAUUCCCAUGGCCAUUGCUUUAUUAGGCAUAGCAGUGACCAUCAUUGUCAUAGUUCUGUUCGCCAAAAACCACGACACGCCCCUGGUGAGAGCAUCCGGUCGGGAGCUUAGUUACACGCUUCUGUUCGGCAUAUUGGUGUGUUACUGCAACACCUUUGCUCUGGUCGCUAAGCCCACUAUUGGGUCCUGCGUGCUUCAGCGGUUUGGUAUCGGUGUUGGGUUUUCUAUUAUCUAUAGUGCACUGCUCACGAAAACAAAUCGUAUUUCUCGCAUUUUCCACUCUGCAUCCAAGUCAGCCCAGCGCCUCAAGUACAUUAGCCCACAGUCGCAGGUGGUCAUAACAUCAUCCUUGAUCGCAAUACAAAUUCUGAUCACAAUGAUCUGGAUGGUAGUGGAGCCACCUGGAACACGUUUUUACUAUCCAGAUAGGACGGAGGUGAUACUAAAAUGCAAAAUACAGGAUAUGUCCUUUUUGUUUUCGCAGCUAUACAAUAUGAUUCUCAUUACAAUCUGCACCGUUUAUGCAAUUAAAACUAGAAAAAUACCAGAAAAUUUCAACGAAUCAAAGUUUAUUGGAUUCACCAUGUAUACCACUUGCAUUAUCUGGCUGGCCUUUGUGCCCAUUUACUUCGGCACUGGAAACUCCUACGAGAUACAAAUUACCACCUUGUGCAUUUCAAUAAGUCUUAGUGCUUCAGUGGCACUAGUAUGUCUCUACUCACCAAAGGUAUACAUCCUAGUCUUCCAUCCGGACAAGAACGUGCGAAAGUUGACAAUGAACAGCACCGUCUAUAGACGAUCGGCCGCAGCCGGGGCCCAGGGUCCGCCAACUAGUUCCGGAUACAGUCGCACGCAAGCUCCGGGAAUACCAUUGCCAACGGCUGGUACAGCAGGUACUACGGCAACUUCUAGUGACCGGCCAUCGCAAAACAGCCCGAGGCCAGGACUGGACCUAGACCUGGACCAGAGUCAAACGAACAUUGUCCACAGAGACAGUACCAGCAAAAAUAGCGAUCCAGAUUCAGAGGAAUGCGACAACAUUGAGCCAUCCUGUAUCCGUGUUAAGGACUAAAACUCUAGUCCUGGAAUCUGGAACUCGCGUCCUUUUGAUCAACGAUUAAUACAUUCAAAUAUAUAUCGAUAGCCUAAUUCAACAAAUUAUACAGCUUUAUCUGUGGGAAAUGUUAAAUUUGAAUUAGAUUUGAGUUUGCUACAUACAUACAUAUGUUUUCAGAAAUAUCAUACGAUCCAAACACAGACGAGUGGGCUAAUGUCUAAUGACCCAUGCAUCUAGUCAAACUAGUAUUACCAAUACAAUUUAAGAUUCUUGUUACCUCAGAACUUGUUUUAGUUAAGUUUCUAUAAAUUUAUUACUUUACAUUAAAAUUGAUUAUGUCUUAUUGUGACAUAUGAUAGUCGUAUAAGAUUAUAUAAUAGUGUUAUUGAUCUUCAAUAUUUUUUAAGAAUAAAUUGGUAGAUUUUGGCUAUUUCGCUAAAUGAAUAAACACACGGAUGUUUACAUAUGCUGUGAAACCCAAUUAAACCCUCAAUACGAUCUGUCUUACCCUGUAUUAGUCGAUCCGAUUUAAUGAAUUGCUAAAUGUAGUAAGACAAUUAUUUUGAAGUAAUUAUGGAAUUACGUUGGAUACUAACGUCGCACCAUUCUGAAAUAGUGCGCGGUGAUAUCGAGUUCGUAAAGUGUCCUGGUAAGAGAUCGGAAACAUACGAAUGCUUACAUCAAAUCAAAAACUCGUAAAUAUUGCAAAAUGGAGCAACAAAUUUACUUACAAUACAUAAUUUGUCACUUACAGCUCCAAAUAUAUCCUUGAAGUGGAUAGAUAUAGAUUCCUCACUGCAAUGACUCCAACAUAGAAUAGCCAAAAGCUUGUUAGCCGUAGCUUAGGCAGCCAUCCGACCGAGGGGUGAAGCCGCAUGACGCGUGACGUAGGAAAGAAUAUGAAUUAGACUAAUUAACGAGGGACUAAUAAAUCAGUACUCAAUUGUGAAAAACCCAACUCACCCUAAAUUAUCCAAUUAAAGAACUAUUAAAACGCCUAUUAAAAAUACUUCAUGCAGCUUGUCAGCUGGGAUUAGCAUUGACAUCAGCGAACCUUAUUAAAUAUUUCUGCUCUCCGCCUAUCUUCUUUUUUCAAAAUAACCUUUUGACGAUGAUGAUCAAGAAUCUGCAUACACUCCUGUAUGUUGCAAAUAUGACUAGGAGGUUAUAUGUUUCAGAAGACAAAAAAGAGGUAUUACAUUCCGAAAAACUCAUUCGGCAGGCCACAUAUACAUACAUAUACAGAGAUC